GUUCCGCCAUUCUAAGUAUUCAAUACGCCGCGCUGGUGAGUGUGCACAUUUGAGAGUUGUCAGUUUAUAAGAAAUGAUUGGAUUAUAUUUUCUUUUGUGCAGUUGAAUAUAAAACUAUACAUCAAUUAUUUAUUAACGUGGAUUUGAAUUAUUUGAUAAAGAAAAAAUGGAUAGACUUCUACGACUGGGUGGUGGUUUACCAGCUCCAUUGAAUCAAGGACCUCCACCAUCAGAUGCACCUGUCGUUGAUACUGCAGAACAAGUGUACAUUUCAUCACUGGCACUUUUAAAAAUGCUAAAACAUGGCCGAGCUGGAGUACCUAUGGAAGUUAUGGGUUUGAUGUUAGGCGAAUUUGUAGACGAUUAUACUGUGCGUGUAAUCGAUGUUUUUGCCAUGCCACAAACGGGAACGGGAGUCAGUGUAGAAGCGGUUGAUCCAGUGUUUCAAGCUAAAAUGUUGGAUAUGCUUAAACAAACUGGUAGACCAGAAAUGGUCGUAGGUUGGUACCAUUCUCACCCAGGAUUUGGUUGCUGGUUAUCUGGAGUAGAUAUCAAUACACAACAGUCAUUUGAAGCACUUAGCGAAAGAGCUGUUGCUGUUGUCAUUGAUCCUAUUCAAUCAGUAAAAGGAAAAGUUGUUAUUGAUGCAUUUAGAUUAAUCAAUCCUAAUAUGAUGGUUCUAGGACAAGAACCUCGUCAAACUACAUCAAAUUUAGGUCAUCUACAGAAACCUUCUGUCCAAGCCUUAAUACAUGGGUUAAACCGUCAUUAUUAUAGCAUUAGUAUCAACUAUCGUAAAAAUGAAUUAGAGCAAAAGAUGUUAUUAAAUUUACAUAAGAAGACUUGGAUGGAUGGUCUCACUCUUGCAGAAUACUCUGAACAUAGUAGACUUAACGAAAAUAUUGUUUCUGAAAUGCUUGAACUUGCUAAAAAUUAUAAUAAGGCAUUGGAAGAUGAAGAAAAAAUGACACCUGAGCAAUUGGCUAUAAAAAAUGUCGGUAAACAAGAUCCAAAACGUCAUUUAGAGGAAAAAGUUGAUACACUUAUGGCUACAAAUAUUGUACAAUGUUUGGGAGCUAUGCUUGAUACAGUUGUAUUCAAAUAACUAUUUCUUAAAAUACAUAUUGAAAUAUGAUCUUUAAAAUAAAUUUUUUAAAUGGA